AUGCUGUCACACGCGCUCUUCCUAGUUUCCGGCGUCAUUGUUGGAGUCCUGGCCGAGGAUAUCGACUCUGACAUGGGCCCGGCAGCAUUUUUAUUUCCAUCAGACCGUGCCUAUUCGGCAUCCCUUGACAACACCGCACCUUGUGGCUCCGUCGCACAGGCUGGCAACCGGACUGACUUCCCGAUAACGGGCGGUUUCGUCGGCCUAGUAGACCAGGAGGAGGCCUAUGAUGUCCAGAUAUCUAUAUCUUAUAGUGACAACCCUCUCACGAACAGUGACUUUGAAGUCCUUGUCUCGUCAAAGAGGAUAAAGGAUCUGUACGAGGGACAUACGUGCAUCAUUCUUCCCAACCCACCGAGCAACAUCUCUGUCGGCGAUGUAGCUACACUGCAGGUUAUCUACGAGUCCGUCUGGGACGACUCUACAGUCAAUCAGACAUUUUACGCCUGUGCCGACAUCAAGUACAUUCUAGAUGCGGACUUUACACAGAACAGCUACUGCUUCAAUGCUACUACCGACAGCAACACUGCCGCGACCACCACGGCCACUUCCUCCAGCGGGACCGAGAGCAUUUCCACAAGCAGCUCCAAGAAGUCGAAGAAGGGCAUCUCCAACGGUGCCAUCGCCGGUGCCGUUGUCGGCUCCGUGUGCGGUGCUGCAAUCUUGGUCGUCGCUGGCUUCCUUCUCUACCGUCUGGGCGCCACGCAUCAGCGACAAUUGCUGAUGCGCUACCAUAUGAACAAUAUGGCACUGGGCGAAAUGGGAAACAAGACACCAGAAUCAACGACGAGCAGCACAAAGUAA